AUGGCUGCGCCCACCAUUCGCAUCCAGGCUGCCGUGACUCUGGCACUCUUCCUCUCAGCAUCGGUGAACGGCCCUCUGGUGAUGUGUGGCUCUGGCGAGACUGAGGGGUCAGCCCAGCUGGAGCUCCUCGGCUCCUCUCUCACAGCCAAUCCCCUCAACGCCACCGCGGGCGCCGCUGCUGGAGCCUCAGCCAGCCUUCUUAACACCUCCGCGGGUGUUGGUGCCACAGUGGGGGCGUCUCUUCCCAACGGAACGGUGGAUGCGGCAGGAGGUGUCUCGGCUUCUACCAGCCUGAUGGGCACAUCUGCUGGUGUUGGCGCUACCAUUGGAGCGUCUCUUCCCAACGGAAUGGUGAACACAGCAGGAGGUGUCUCGGCGUCUACCGCGCUGCUCAACACAUCUGCAGGGGUGGGCGCUGGUGCCGUCGUCUCUCUCCCCAACGGCUCUGUCGCUGCAGCGGGUGAUCUCUCUGCUUCCACCGCCCUCCUCAACACAUCCGCUGGUGUUGGCACCACCGUUGGCGUCUCCCUUCCCAACGGCACUCUCUCAGGAUCCGGUUCUCUCGCUGCCUCCACCGGCCUCCUCAACACAUCCGCCGGGGUAGGAGCCACGGCCGGGGUCUCCCUUCCCAACGGCACUGUCGGUGCAACGGGCGGCGUUGCUGCGUCCACGGGGCUGCUCAACACGUCUGCUGGUGUUGGCGCCAGCAUUGGCGCUUCCCUUCCCACCGGCUCUGCCUCAGCAGCAGGAGGCCUCACUGCCUCCUCCAGUCUCCUCAACACGUCAGCCGGCGUGGGAGCAGGAGUGGGCGUGUCUCUCCCCAAUGGCUCUCUCUCCGGCUCUGCCUCCCUUGGAGCCUCCUCCCCUCUCCUCAACACCUCAGCCGGAGCCGGUGCUGCCGUCAACGCAGGCUCGGGCGGCAUCAACGCCAACCUCAGAGCCUCGGCGAACCUUGGAGGCUCGGUCUCCGGCCUCAUCUCCGGCGUGGGCGGGGCCGUGGGGAGCCUCGUUGGCUCGGUGGGGAACAUGGCAGGCUCGGUGGGCAACAUGGGAGCCUCCGUCGGGGCGUCCCUCUCCCCGAUUGCGGUGCUGAGCAGUGCGUGGGUGGGUACCAGUGGUGGCACCUACGCCAUGGUCGGGCAGACUCGAGUGUCGGCAGCGCUGGCGUCUGCCCUCGUGACCCGCAUGUCCACCAACAUGCCUAUCUUCCUGCACGUGCGCGUCGGGGCACAGGGCACCCUUGUGGCCAGGAUGGAGUAG